AAGAUAUUCUUCUAAUCAACAUUUAAUCGCAUGAGUGCGACAUUAUCAAAAUUUUCUGCAGAAAAACAACGAUAAGAAAUUGAAUAAAACACAGCGGUCCAAGAGACAGAGCACACAUUAACUUGCAGUCACAAGCCAAGAUGAAGUGCAUCUUCUUCCUUUUGUCCCUCGUGGCUUUAGCCUGUGCCUCUUCAUACAGUCAUGGCUACGACAAAAAUGUAUAUGGUUUGAGCCAAUACUACGGCAAGAACAUUUAUGGACCAUACUACCAUGGCCAGAGCUACGGCAAAAACUUCUAUGGACCAGACUACGAGGGUGAAUACUACGGAAAGCACGCCUAUGCACCAUACCACGAUUAUCAUAGCUACGCCAAAAACUUUUAUGGGCCUGACUACGAGGGUAAAUACUACGGCAAGCACGCCUAUGGACCAUACUACGAAGGCCAGAGUUACGGCAAAAACUUUUAUGGACCAGACUACGAGAGUAAAUACUAUGGUAAGAACGUCUAUGGACCAUACUAUGAAGGCCAGAGCUAUGACUCGAAUGUGUAUGGUUCAGACUACGAGGGUCAAAACUACGGUAAGAACGUGUAUGGAUUAGACUACGAGAGCCAGAAAUACGGCAAGAACGUCUAUGGACCAGACUACGAGGGUGAAUACUACGGCAAGAACGUCUAUGGACCAGACUACGAGGGUCAAUACUACGGCAAGAACGUGUAUGGAUCAGACUACGAGGGUCAAAACUACGGCAAGAACGUGUAUGGACCAGAAUACGAGGGUCACAAAUAUGGCAAGAACGUAUAUGGCUCUAAUGGCGUCCAGAACUGGUCUGGCUUGAACUGGUUGGACAAUUUGAAAUCGGUACUUGGAAAAUACCAGAGGCAAUCUGAGCAAGGUCACAACUAUUAUGGUUCAGGUGCCCAUGGAGUGAACCAAUACAAUAAAGAAGUUAUCCCAGCUUACCAACAAUUCUGGAACCAACAUCAGGUGUACCCAGUAGAACAGCAUCAUUCCUACCCAUUGUCAUACUGGUGGAACCUGAAGGCUCAGCAAUACCAUGGUGUUCCUUACAAAAACGCAGGAUAUUAUGGCAACAACUACAACAACGCUGAAUUCGUAUAUUAAAUGCAGUUUAGUGGUAUAUUUUUGAAAAGUAACAAUUUCUUCAUUUAAUAAAGAUUGAAGAAUA